AUGACCACUUAUGGAACAAUCCCAUCAUCAUCAUCAUCAGAACCCUCAAAAAGAGUGUUAGUUUCAAGGGCUAAAGAACGCAUCCAAACAGGUCUUGGCACAAGAAGACCAUGGAAUGAAAUGAUCCAACUUGAUCAUUUCAGAUUCCCUUCCUCUCUUUUCCAAUCCCUCCAAAGAAUCAACACCAACACCGAUUUGUUUCGGGCUAAUUAUGUGAUUAUCAUACUCUUCAUUCUCUUCCUCAGUUUGCUGUGGCACCCCAUCUCACUUAUCAUUUUAAUUCUCAUGAUGGCUGCUUGGCUCUUCUUGUAUUUCCUACGAGAUGACCCUUUGAUCCUUUUCGGCUACGAGAUCGAUGAGCGAUUUGUGGCUUCAUUUUUGCUGUUAGCUACAAUUGGAAUGCUUUUUCUUACCAACGUAACGAAUAAUGUCAUUGUUGGUAUCUCUGUGGGAUUAGGGUUUGCAUUGGUUCAUGCAGUGAUGAGAGAUACAGAAGAAGGCUUUUCUGGGAAUGGAGGAGAAGAAGAAGAAGGUCGUGUUGUUUCGUCAGAUCCUCGAGACCUUGUUAAGCUUCCUGCUUCAACUUCUCUUGCUUCUUCAUAGUACGUAAUGUGGGGAUUCUUUUUCACGUUCUCUUCUCCAUCCAUUCAUUAGCCAAAGAAAUUGAAUGAUUCUCAUGUAUCUGACUCACAAGUUCACUUGUAAUUUUGUUGAUUAACGAAAGUUUUGAUGAGUUGGAUAGCAAGCAAGAAU